CUUCCCGAAAAACCCCCAAGCACGGCUGACGUCAUUCCCGGCGUUCCGCUUCCCUUCCCCCAAACGCAAGCCCUCUCUGCCCACAAUGUCCGCCACCGCCGCCGCCCGCGCCGCGCGGCGGCUACUCCCGUGUCGCCUCCAGAGCACCACCACGCGGCUUCUCCAUGCGAGUGCUUCUUCCCAGGGAGCGGCGCGGGAGGCGUCCGGAAGCUUCAUCCACCCCGCCGCCGUCGUCCACCCCGAUGCCUCCAUCGGCCAGGGUGUGUCGAUAGGGCCCUUUUGCACGGUUGGGCCUUCGGCUAAGAUUGGUGAUGCUUGUCAAUUACAUGCUGGGAGCCAUGUCGUGGGAGAUACUGAGCUAGGGGAGGGAUGUGUUGUUCAAACUGGUGCUAUCCUUGGUGCAGAUAUCCCUGGGCAGACAAUUAUCGGGGAAAACAAUGUCAUCGGACACUAUGCUAUUGUUGGUUCAAAGUGCCAAGAUUUGAAAUAUAAGACUGGAGAUGAAUGCUUUCUACAUAUUGGUAGAAAUAAUGAGAUCAGAGAGUACUGCUCUAUUCAUCGUUCUUCUAAAUCUAGUGACUGCACGGUGAUUGGUGACAAAAAUCUUAUAAUGGGUUCGUGCCAUAUUGCUCAUGAUUGCACGAUUGGUAACAAUAACAUCUUUGCUAAUAAUACUCUAUUUGCUGGCCAUGUAGUUGUUGAAGACUUUACUCACACUGCAGGGGCUGUUGUUGUCCAUCAAUUUUGUCAUAUUGGGUCAUACUCAUUUCUUGGUGGAGGCUCUGUGGUUACACAAGAUGUGCCAAGGUACACGAUGGUUGCAGGUGAUAGAGCAGAGCUUCGUGGUCUGAAUCUUGAAGGUCUUAGGCGCAACGGAUUCUCGAACGAAGAGGUACGAAGGUUAAGGAAAGCUUAUCAGAAAGUAUUUAUGCCAACUAUUGCUAGUGAGAUUAGCUUUGAAGAUAGACUGGCUGAUUUGGAACGGGAAAUUGAGUUGUCAGAAUCUCCAGCUGUAUCCUGCAUGGUGGAAUCAAUUCGCAUGUCGUUUGAUCAAGGACGUCGUGGGAUUUGCAAAUUCAGAAGUUGGAACAGUUCAUAAGUGAGCGGUGCAUAUUCAGUUUUGCUGUCCAUCAUACCUGAACACGUGGGCACAUCACAUAGCCCAUACCCUGAAUAUUGGACCAGGACCUGUCAAAAAAAAAAAAAAUUGGACUAGGCAAUCCCGGUUGAACCUGGGUGAUCAACAAGAUGUUCUUCACAUCCGUGUAUAGGACAUUCAGGAAGCCUGCUGUAGCCAGAAUUUUGUUCCGGAUGUAUGAAUUUUUUUUCGCCCUAUUUGUAGUCGCGUGCUAGUUUACAGGGAAUCAUGUAUUUUGUUCAAACUGUACAUGGUGGCCUAUCCCAGGUUCAAAUAUGCAAGAUCUGAAUAAUAUCACCAUUAA